AUGAGGCAUUUGGAAGAGUCCUUUGAGGGAAAGCAUGAGAUUCCUCAAAGUGAUUUAUCUGCUGCUGGGUCGUUUCUCAGUAGGGCCUGGAAUGUGUCGGCUGCUGCUGUCAACCGCCGACACCUGAUGCAGAUCACGUCUCUGUUCCACGCGGAGCGGCUGUGGGCCAAGGGCUUCUCUGGGACGAAUGUUAAAAUGGCUGUUUUUGACACGGGCAUUCGAGCAGACCACCCCCACUUCCGCAAUAUCAAGGAGCGCACCAAGUGGACCAACGAGGACACGCUAAGCGACAGCCUGGGCCACGGCACGUUCGUGGCGGGUGUGAUACGCACCAACUGGACCAACGAGGACACACUAAACGACAGCCUGGGCCAUGGCACGUUCGUGGCAGGGGUGAUCGCCAGCCACGACUCGCACUGCCGCGGGUUUGCCCCAGAUGCUGAGAUCUACGCCUUUCGGGUGUUCACCAACGCACAGGUCUCAUACACGUCGUGGUUCCUAGACGCGUUCAACUACGCCAUUCUCACACGCGUGAACGUGCUCAACCUCAGCAUUGGGGGGCCUGACUACCUCGACCGGCCCUUUGUGGAGAAGGUGUGGGAGGUGACAGGCAAUGGCAUUCUCAUGGUGUCCGCGAUUGGCAACGAUGGGCCGCUCUAUGGCACUCUCAACAACCCCGCGGACCAGAACGAUGUGAUUGGAGUGGGCGGCAUUGACUACACUCUGCACAUCGCGUCGUUUUCUUCCCGUGGGAUGACCACAUGGGAGCUGCCACACGGGUAUGAGGGAGAGAUAGAAGGCAGAGUGGGGAGUGGGGUUGAAGGGAGUGUGGUGCUGAGUUCAGUUGGAAUUGGGGGCAUUGACAACACUCUGCACAUCGCGUCGUUUUCCUCCCAUGGCAUGACCACGUGGGAGCUGCCACACGGGUAUGUUGUUGCUGUGAGAUAUUCAUUUCCGGUUACUACACAGGUAUGGGGUGAGACAGAACGAUGUGAGAUCGGGGUGGUGGGCAUCGACUACACUCUGCAUAUUGCGUCGUUCUCCUCUUGUGGCAUGACCACAUGGGAGCUGCCUCAUGGAUACGGACGAAUGAAGCCGGACAUAGUCGCCUACGGGCGGGAGGUGGUCGGCUCGAAGAUCAACGGCGGGUGCAAGAGCCUAUCAGGGACGUCCGUCGCGAGCCCAGUGGUGGCCGGCGCGGUUUGUCUGCUAGCGAGCGUUGUGCCGGAAGCCGUGCGGUGGGGGCCGGGAGGGGUGCUGAACCCAGCGAGUAUGAAGCAGGCCUUGGUCGAAGGAGCAGACAGGCUGAAUGGGCCGCAUAUGUUUGAGCAGGGGUCUGGGCAACUCAACCUUCUGCGAUCUCACGCCAUUCUAGCGAGCUACACACCACGGGCAUCAGUGCACCCCGCCACCCUCGACCUGACAGACUGCCCCUACGCGUGGCCGUGGUGCCGCCAGCCGCUCUUUGCCUCUGCCCUCCCCCUCAUCAUCAACGCCACUGUCCUGAACGGCAUGGGCGUCACCGGCUGGCUCGCUGCCCCGCCUGUGUGGGUUCCCACAGAGCCAGGCACCAUAGCAGGCGCCAUUCACUUCACGGUCGUCUCUCCUCCCGGCCCCAACGAAUCCGCCCCUCGCACCACCAACUGCUCGCUGCCCCUCCGCGUUGCCAUCAUGCCCACGCCUCCCCGCCACCACCGUGUGCUGUGGGACCAGUUUCACAACGUGCGGUACCCUCCAGGCUACAUCCCCAGGUGCGUGCGGGUGUGCUCUCUGCUUUCUCUGCUUACACUGAUUGCGCUUGCAACUGCCACGCUCAUGCCCCCUCGCCACCGCCGCGUUAUCUGUGACCAGUUUCACAACGUGCGGUACCCCCCGGGGUCCAAGUUUCACAACAUGCGGUACCCCCCGGGGGUACAUCCCCACCUCUCCCCCACCCGCUCACCCCCGCACGGACUCGCUGGAUGUGCGGAAUGGCAUUCUGGACUGCCACAGGGAUCACCCCCACACCAACUUCCACACCAUCACCACCUUAUGCUCUCUGCCUCUCCACCUCUGCACUUCUCCCCCAUUCCCUCACCCCCCAGGGACUCUCUGGAUGUGCGGAACGACAUUCUGGACUGGCACGGCGACCACCCCCACACCAACUUCCACGGGCUGUUUGCCGCUCUGAGGGAGUGGGGGUUCACGCUCGAGGUGCUGGGGUCCCCGCUCACGUGCUUUGAUGCGCGGGAGUAUGGCGCACUGCUGAUGGUGGACAUGGAGGAGGAAUACCACGCGGAGGAGAUAGCCAAGUUGCAUCACGAUGUCACAGCACUGGGCCUGGGUCUCAUAGUGGUGGGCGACUGGUACCACGUGACCACCAUGAAGCACAUGCGCUUCUUUGAUGAUAACACUCGCUCCUGGUGGACGCCCGCUACUGGUGGGGCCAACGUGCCAGCUCUCAACGACCUCCUCUCUCCUUUCAACAUCGCGUUCGGCGACGCCAUUCUCUCCGGCACCUUUUCAAUCGCCGGCCAUAGAGCCUACUUUGCCUCGGGCACCGAUAUUCGCAGGUUCCCCAAAGGGGGGUACGUGCAUCGGUUUCUGUUCAGGGAUGGGUCGUCUGGAGGGGGUAGUGGAGGUGGAGAGGGCGGGGAAGAAGGGGGGGGAGGAGGAGGGGGAGGAGGGGGGGAAGAGGGGGGAGUGGCAGGAGGGGGGAGUGGCGGGUCGAUUGUUUCGACUAGAGGGGGGAGGAUGAAGAGUCAAGUUGAGGCUUCGGUGCUAGGGUUGGUGGAGAGGGGGAAGGGGAAAGUGGCGGUGUUUGGCGAUUCUAAUUGCUUGGACAGCAGUCACCUAGGUGUGGCUGAUUCUCCCAAGUAUGGGGCUGUGGCUGCCGAUUUGGGGGAUGUGGUUAAUGUGAGGGAGGAGGAGGAUAAGGGAGAGGAGAGGGGUCGUGAUUAUUCUUUUGAGAAUGUAACACAGCAGGGAGAGAAUUUGAAGGACGGGGAAGAGGGGUCGGGGGAAGUGAGGGCACGCGAGGAGGGAGGGAGGGAAGAGGGGGAAAGUGAAGAGGGGUCGGGGAGAGAUGGGAAAGGGGAAUUAGGGGUGGAGGGAGACGGGAAAUGGGAAGGGGGCGCGGGAGGAGAGCAGGGGGCUAUAGAGACAGUAGAACUUGGAGUGUGGGAGAAAGAGAAGCAGCAGGAGCAGCAGAAGCAGCAGGAGCAGGAGGAGCAGCAGGAACUCGGAAUGGGGAGCGAGAUAGAACGAGGAUCUGAUGGUGUAGAGGGGUUGAAUGAGGUGAAAAAGGGUGUUGACAGUGUGAGGGAAGUUGAUGAUACUGCUGCUAACGGUGCUGCAGAUGCUGGUGCUGUUGCUGUUUCUUCUGGUGCUGGUAGUGGUCAUGCUUCUGCUACUGCUGCUGCUGCUGCUGUUGCUGCUGCUGCUUCUGCUGCUGCUGCUGCUGCUGCUGCUGCUGCUGCUGCUGCUGCUGCUGCUGCUGCUGCUGCUGCUGCUGCUGCUGCUGCUGCUGCUGCUGCUGCUGCUGCUGCUGCUGCUGCUGCUGAUGGUGAUUCUGCUGAUACUGGCGCUGCUGCUGCUGUGAGAGUAGACGAUGGCAUAACGGAGAGAGUGGGGGGUAGUGGCAGCAGCGAUGUUGCUGCUGCUGUGAGUGCGGAUGACCUGUUGCUAGCAGGUGUUCUUGGAGGGGCAGAGGGGGGGCAGUCUCCUGGGAAGAGCAUUUGGAGGCACUGGCACGAGCGGGAAGAGGAGGUGAGAUCUGGGGGGGAGAUGGGGGGAGAUGGGUUGUAG